AUGUCUGAAAAUCAAAAACGGCGAAUUGAUGUGGAACCGUCUUCUCGGGUUGAUUCCAAAAAAAAAAGAUUGGACGUUGGAUCUAAUGGGCAAUCACGAAAUGUUACGGACGGUGCUAGGAGCGAAAAUAGAUCGAACAUUAAUCCGUAUAAUAAACAGGCGUACAGUGAUAGAUAUUACGAUAUCUUGAAGAAGAGAACAAAAUUGCCGGUAUGGGAAUAUAAAGAAAAAAUCUUAUCCACCUUGCGAAAAAACCAAGCGACUGUACUGGUUGGUGAAACUGGCAGUGGCAAAACGACACAGUUUAAACAGAGGGAUGUAUGGGGUGGAUCAUACAUUCCUCAAUGGUGUGUGGAGUUAGUAAGCGGUCGUCGAGGCGUUGCGUGCACGCAACCGCGACGUGUUGCGGCGAUGAGUGUUGCUCAGCGUGUCUCAGAGGAAAUGGACGUUACGCUUGGACAACAAGUUGGUUAUAGCAUUCGAUUUGAAGACUGUACAAGUCCAAACACUCUCCUCAAAUAUAUGACAGAUGGAAUGCUAUUGAGAGAGGCCAUGAACGAUCCACUACUAGAAAGGUACAGUGUGAUCUUACUCGAUGAAGCCCACGAACGUACUUUGGCUACGGAUAUUUUGAUGGGGUUGCUGAAAGAGAUCGUUAGUAAUAGAUCAGACUUAAAAAUUGUCAUCAUGAGCGCAACCUUGGACGCUGGAAAAUUUCAGGACUAUUUUGAAGGUGCACCACUUUUGGAAAUUGAAGAUGCUUGUCGACGCAUUCGUCAGGAAGUUCAAAAUUUGGGAAAUGAAGCUGGAGAUGUUAAAGUCAUUCCAUUAUAUUCAACUCUGCCGCCGUCAGCGCAGCAGAGAAUUUUUGAAUCAGCACCACCAUCUCGAAAUGAACGGAUCGGUCGCAAGAUUGUGAUUUCAACUAAUAUUGCGGAAACGUCGUUAACCAUUGAUGGAGUGGUGUUUGUCGUAGAUCCUGGUUUUGCGAAACAAAAAGUUUAUAAUCCUCGAAUAAGAGUGGAGUCACUGUUGGUUACGCCUAUUUCUAAAGCUAGCUCUCAGCAAAGAGCUGGCCGAGCAGGUCGUACACGGCCUGGGAAGUGUUUUCGAUUGUAUACCGAAAAGGCUUUCCAGACAGAAAUGCAAGAGAAUACUUAUCCUGAAAUUUUACGCUCUAACUUGGGAACUGUAGUGUUACAUUUAAAAAAACUAGGUAUCGACGAUCUAGUACAUUUCGAUUUUAUGGAUCCACCAGCUCCCGAAACCCUAAUGCGGGCAUUAGAAUUAUUAAAUUACCUUGGUGCUCUCAACGAUGACGGUGAUUUAACUGAUCUUGGAUCGCUAAUGGCUGAAUUUCCCUUAGAUCCUCAGCUUGCUAAAAUGCUUAUCGCAAGUACCGGUUAUAAUUGUUCGAAUGAAAUCUUGUCUAUUACAUCUAUGCUUUCUAUUCCGCAAGUAUUUUUACGACCUAAUGAUGCAAAAAAAGCGGCAGACGAAGCGAAAGCGAAAUUUGGUCAUAUUGAUGGUGAUCAUUUAACUCUCUUAAAUGUAUAUCAUGCAUAUAAGCAAAAUAAGGAAGAUUCCCAAUGGUGUUACGACAAUUUUUUACAAAGCAGGUCCUUAAAAUCGGCCGACAAUGUACGUCAGCAAUUAGCGGGUAUUAUGGACAAGCAUAGUUUACCAAGAAAGAGCACAGAUUUUAAUAGCAGAGACUAUUACCUCAAUAUUCGGAAAGCUCUAGUUGCAGGAUUUUUUAUGCAGGCUGCACAUUUAGAAAGGGCAGGUCAUUAUUUAACAGUUAAAGACAAUCAAGUCGUCCAUUUACAUCCGUCAACAUGUUUGUCUCAUAAGCCAGAAUGGGUCAUAUAUAACGAAUUUGUUUUAACCACCAAAAAUUAUAUCCGGACGGUCACUGAAGUGAAACCAGAUUGGCUCGUAACAGCAUCUCCGAAUUAUUACGACAUGGCUAAUUUCCCUGAAUGUUCUGCCAAGUAUAUCUUGGAAAACAUAGUGAAAAGACGCAGCAUGAGGAAUUGA